AAACAUUUUUAUUAGCGACCGUACACGUAUUUAUCAGCUGACAACACACGUCGAACCAAACAAUGCGACCGGCCGGAAGACGGCUGUCAAGUACAAAAUGAUAAUUAAUUCUCUGCUGCCGUUUUGAUCACGAGUUGUUACACCCCGGUAUAAUAUUACCAAACCGAUGAUUGAAUGAAAAGUGAAUAGCUGACAGUAUGUCAUUGAUCCCUCGCCUUCAGAACCACGAGAAUGUACGGAAAUGGGGAAUACAGUUAUACAAUUCCCUGUUGAUGGAUCCGCUAAUUACAUCUCAUUAUUACUGAAACCGUUCAGAUAGACAGCAGCUGACAGGUAUUAGAGCAUCGCAAGCUACGGUUCAACGGUCCGGCACCAUUUUUUCCGAGCAUCAUUGUCAGCAUGAGGUGUUACAUUUUAUUUGCCAUUGUUCAGGAUUCAGUGGCUUGCCAGAGUUGAGUUUGCUUCCAAUUGAGCCACUAUACUUCAGACCACAUUUGAAUAAUUCCAAACUCUCGAAGGGUUUGUAAGCACAGAUUGGUAAAAUUGUGGUAUUUACAAAGAUUUCUCUAUCUCUGGAAUCGUUCGGAGAGCGUACGCUCAUAUUAUGCUGAUUGUGAGCAUAGGAACAUGGUACAGGUAUACAUAUGUAUAUCUGCUUUUCCACCACCUUGCCCAUCACCAAGCGGUAUACUUUCAUAAUAUUUCAGACAUCAACCUUACCACACACGCGAAGAGAAACGUGCAUGUGUAAAAAUUCUUACAUUGGUAAGAGUAAAGGGCAAGACUUUUGUGAUGAAGCAGGUGCGCAGGUACCCAUCUGGUGGCUCCCCGUUGCGGCAGGUGAACAGCAGAUUUCCCCCUCGACCCCCUUCGGUUUCCAUCGGUAUCCGACUCGUCAUUCCAUUGUUUUCUCCGAGUUUGUACGAUUCGUGGGAUUCGUAGGACGGCCUGGCUGCGGCCUGCUCUGGGCCCGUGUAGUCUGUUAGUUUGUUGUGUUGGAGAAUUGGAGUGGGGUUCGGGCUGUUGGUCGAGUCUCGUCGAUUCCACAAGUGUCAUAAAACCGAUUAGCGAAUCAAUGCAGUAAAAUAAGUGUAAUAUAGGUAUUAGGUGUCGAGUCGAUGUGUCAUCUCGCAUACAUGUUCUUAGUGGAGGUUAUUGGCAAUAUAAUACAGCGUGAUUAUUAGCGGAUCGUGUGAUAGUAAAAUAGUUGAAUUAUGCCACCCUCGUCGCACUCGAACUGGACGAAACCGCUCUUAAAGGGUGGUCAGAUGAUGCAGAUGCAGGUGAAAAGGGCCGCAGGAUCUAAUCAAAAUGGUUCGGGAGAUCACGCUCCUCUAGACCGUAGGAUUAAAGUCGUUCUCGUAGGAGAUGGUGCUGUUGGAAAGACCAGCCUCGUUGUUUCGUACUCUACAAAUGGUUUCCCCGGCGAAUACGUUCCCACGGCCUUCGAUAAUUACAACGUGGUUGUAAACGUGGAUGGGCAACCUGUGAAUGUUCAGCUAUGCGAUACAGCUGGACAAGAUGACUUUGAUCCUUUGCGGUCAUUGUGCUAUCCAGAAACAGAUGUAUUUCUAGUUUGCUUCAGCGUAGUAUGUCCAUCAUCUUAUCACAGCGUGGCAACAAGGUGGGCUGAUGAAGUACGAAAAAAUUGCCCUAACGCUCCUAUUAUUCUGGUGGGCACAAAAAGUGAUCUAAGAUCAGAUGUUCAACUAACGUUACAACUAGCAAGAUAUGGACAGGGACCAAUUACAGCUAUUCAAGGUCAUCAACUGGCUCAACGAUUGGGAGCAGUGAGUUAUGUUGAAACCUCUGCUUUAACUCAACAAGAAUUGAAGGAGGCUUUUGAUCAAGCAAUAGUUAGUGCUCUAAGCACAAGACGUGGUGGUGCCAAUUUGCUCUAUCGGCGUAGAAAACCACCACCAUUAUGGCGCAGAUGGCUGUGUUGUUCGGAAAGACGACGGUCUUCCGAUGCGUAGAAAAUUACAUUUAGACUCUCUAGAUUUUCACUGUGAUCAACCGUGGCUGCCUUGCCGUCAGAAUCUUACAUCUUAUUUAAAUAUUUUUAGAUAUUUUGGUAUGACUGGAGAAUUUUUCAAGUAUCGUAGGACUGAGAUAUGGGAAACUAGAUAGGAAUUAGGAGUCCAUUUUUUCACAAAUUGUAUCUAGACAUUCAAUUUUGUUUUUAAAAACCUUGAUGCGUCAUUUAGUGCAGCAUCGCUACUUUUUUUGCUGUAAUAUUAAAAACUUUCUCCUGGCACUACAUUUUUUGUUCAGUGGCAGUUUAUGUAGGUAUUAUUAUUCAAAAAGUCUUCGGAUUUUUUUCAACAGUUAGCGAAUAAUAAUACGACAUUAUCGGAGUUCUUGCAAUGAUAAAUAUUAAGAGUCAAUAUGUAUCUGAAAUAUGUUUUAACAAACCACAUAAGCAGCUCAAAUUAUUGUUCGUGUAGUUUUUGGUUGUGUUAUCCUUAGUUCUCGUAGGUUGUCUUCCAGUACGUAGGUUAUUAUAAAUUAUUCAUUUUUCGUUUUAAUUUUACCAUUUCUUUUUCAUUUGGAUGUUACAAGAAGCAUCAUUAAUUCCGCUAUAGAUUGUGGACCUCAUUGGGAAAAAAAAUAACAAAGAUUGAUAUUGGAGUGAAACUUUUUAUAUCGAUAAAUUGAUGGCCAUAAAUUAUUCAUCAUCAUUCAAGUGAGCGAACAAAUUAUCCAUCUGUAUUACAUACUCUCAUUAGAUAAUUGUAAAUAUACAAUUAUUAAUUAUAGACUAAAUGAUGACUAUCGAACAAAAUAUACAAAUGUUUUAUGUUAAAUAGAUAUACAUAUAUACACGAAAUUUGAUAUUCACGCUGUGAACUAUCCUAGAAACUAUAAUUUGUUAUAAAACAUAUGGAAUAUCACAUUGAGUGAUGAAAAAGAUUUAUAAAACAGGUUCUGACGGCUGGGUUCUAGGCCUCUCCUAAUAAUAUUCCUGAUGCCUACUGGCGUAAUUUAUUCUUGUAUUAAUUGUAUUUCGUUUGUUUUAAGAGUAUUGGCAACUCGCCGGUUGUGAUUUAUUUAUGAAUGACGCAGAGGCUAUUCUUAUUUUUAUCAAAAUGAUUUUAAAAAUCAGUCCCAUCAAUUUGCCUACGUUCGUCCAUUGAUACAACGUAGUUUAUGAAAUUAUAAGAAACGUCUUUUACUUUUAAUAUGCUUUUGCAUUUUUAUCCUUACCUGCGUACAAUAUAAAUUGUACUCGAUUAUUUUUACUAAUAUAACGAGGACCUAAAUCGAUAGGGUAAAUUAAAAUAUGGUCCGUUGAUAUCAUGUAAUGUAAUUGUCGUUAAACAAUGCUUGAAAUGAUAGGGCUAUUUAUACAUAGUGACAGGUUUCGUAACAGAUUAAAAUUUAAACUAUUGAAUUCCACGAAAAUUUGUACAAAUUUAAAAGGCCAAGAAAUAGUUGACAAUGUAAAGCCGUCGAGCAUUGCGUGCGUAGGUAUGAUUGCUGCGUGUGCGCGUAUGUGCAUUUCUAUUUCCAAAAUUACGAAUAUCAUUUUCGAAUUUACACAGCCAAGCAUCUCUUUCUAGUAUUAUUAAUAUUACCGGUUUAGUAUGUAUAUAUAUAAUAUUAUUGUUUCACAUUUAUUAUUAGGAAUUCUUGCGGAUAUAAAAUAUUUAAGCGAAAAAUUUCAGACUGAGGAGCUGUCACAAUGAGUAAAGCAUAAUGUUCAAUAUUAUUAUGUGUCUACUCUCUUUAGUAAAGCACAUGGUUAUUUUUAUAAAAUCUCUGUUUAAAUAAAUCCCUUUUUCGUUUUGCA